UUGCAAGUUUCAAUAUCUAUUGAAAACUUCAGGCAUGUUUAAAACUUGAGUUUAAUGUGUAAAUUUACUGCAGUUUAUCAUACGGGAUUGCACAUUUGCAUCGUUAAAUGGACCUACCGGAUUUGUAGAAGGAAGUUUAUAAUCGUUUAAAAAGGGACAAGAGCCUUUGUCAUGUCUGUGUGGAAGACUUCUACGCAAACCUCUGACAUGACAACACCUGUUGAUAAAGACUAUGAGUACUGUAACCAGGAGGUAUUUAAAGGCGACAUUACCCGCUCAUACACACACUGGUUCCUUAUACCGUCGGUUUUAAUAUUGCUGUUGUUGGCAUUCCUUGAGAAAAGACGUUCCAUUAAGCUGGACUUGCUUGGUGGCCGCCCUGGACUUCCAAGACCGUUUAGUUUUCUGGAUGAGCCCAGAAACAAAUGGGGCAUAGUGUUUGCCUUUGGUUCAACAACAACAAACCUUCUACAAGUUCUUAACAAGACACUCAGCACGGACUUUCCUGUGUGGGCAAAAAUAUUUUUGGUGUAUAUCCAAAGCCUGGAAACGAGCCUUAUCUGUUACCCGUAGUUUGCCUGUAUGUCAUCUCGUUACACACUGGUCGGCGCCAUAACCGGAGUUCUCUACUCAUUUGGAUGGCUAAGUUUCCAGCUGUUCCGACUUGUGGUUGAGGCAAGAUGUUACGACAAGUACAGUGCGGUGGAAUCUGUUGACCUAGCAGGAGCAUUUAUUGCCAUGGAACUUCCGAUAGUUUUGUUCAGUCUUCUUGUUGUCGUCAAGUUUGUCUGGAAGUUUGCCAAGUGUCUUAAACAGAAGAAAUAUUCAAGGAGUUUAUCAGAGGAGGUUGGAAAAAAGUUAUGUAAAAAGUCUGAUCUACUGUAUGUAAAAGCACUGUUUAAUCCAAGAAAGUAUAAAGAAACUGAUGAUGCUUUGACGACAUUGCCUUGGUGGAAGAGAUGGUUCCGGAAGUUUGUUAAACCAUACCCAGGUUUCAAAUUCCCAAUUGCAAUGCUCAUCACACCAUUCGUCUCGUGUAUCUUUAUAUACUGGACGAUAAUUAACCUUGCAACUACGUUUGAUGCAAUUUCACAUGAUCCUUUCCCACAAUACAACGGACUGCUUACGGCGGCGAACGUGAUUGCCUGUCUGAUCACCGUGUCAUGUGGCCUAAGAAAUGUCUACCUUGUUCUCAUGAACUACAGGCGAGAUAUGCUUUGCUUGUACAGGGGUGACAGGAGUUUCAUUCCUGCAGUAUUGAAGAAUUGCCCUCCAAACAUUUACAUGGUCAGUGUCUUGUAAUAUAGCAGGUCAGUGUGUCUCUGCAACAUGACUUCUAAACUGACAUGUGCCUCAUAAGGGUUUGAACAUGGUAUGUGUCACUUAAAUGUGUACAACCUUGAUUUGUGCUUCUUACAGUCUUUCAACAAGGUCCUUGCCUCUCAAAGGCUCUCAUCAUGGUCUGUGCCACUUUUAUGUUGCAGCAACUAUGGUAUGUGCCUGUUUAAGGCUUGCAGCAUGAUCUUUGCCUUGCAAUUUCGACUUGCCUCUUAAAUGGGAUUAUAAAUGGUUAUAUAGCACUUACCUAAUAAAGUCUUGAAACAAGGUCUGUGUGAAGGUGGCAAAAAAGUGAAGGUACCUGAAAGAAUCAGGAUUGUAGAUUGAUCUUAAUACAAUGGUUAUAAUGUUACUGUCCUUAGAUUUUUUUUCGUUACUUUUCUAACCUGAAAAACCAAAACCAUUUUCUGCUUAGACUUUUAAACUUAGUACCAUGGUCUGUAUCUUUUGAUGAAAACUUUAUUAAAGAUGCAUAAUUUAUGUUUUC